AGCCUGCAGACGCGCAUGCUGUGUUAUUUAUCAUGGCUCAGUUUAAAUACUGGAGACGCGUGUCUUCUCCCUUCUAAAACACAGUCGGUAGUUGAACUUCAUCUUUUGUGUGUGGCAAUAAUCACUGCCUGUUGCCACCCACUAGUUUGUUUGUCGACUCGUAGUAUUUAGGAUUAAAAUGGUCAUCAAGGUUUACAUCGCCUCCUCAACCGGCUCGCGAGCGGUAAAAAAGCACCAGCAGGCAGUGGUGGGUUUCUUGGAGGCCAAUCGGAUCAGCUUCCAGGAAGUAGACAUCACCAUGCUGGAGGAGCAGAGGCUCUGGAUGUACCGAAACAUCCCCAGAGACAAGCAGCCGGAGAAAGGCAACCCACUGCUUCCACAGAUAUUCAACGAGGAUCGCUACUGUGGGGACUAUGAAGACUUCUUCCAGUCAAAGGAGGACAACACUGUGUUCACAUUCCUUGGGCUCAGUUCCCAACCCUCGGUGAAAGAUUCUGAGUCAUAGCCGAGGUCAAACCGCUGGUACAUGACGUCCCGGGAACCUUAAAAUAUGAAGAUGAAAACCGCAUGGCUUCCUGUGUUGUAUCACCUCUUCUCACGUGUUCCUCCUGCUCCAGCAUCUUGCCAAACAUCAGACCCCACGGAUUUCCACCUGUGUGACCUCUCCUGACUCGUUAAUCACUCCAAUCACUCUAGUCUCCAAGAAAUGUCUGAUUCUCCAGAUAGACUUAAUCACAGAAGAAGGGGAUUGACUUCAUGAUGGAUGCAUUUGUGUUUACGUUUCAGGUUUAAUACACUGUGACAGCAAGCGCCGGCAGUGGCAUCAAUUCUGUGCACAUUAGAUGUAGCAGCUUUUGCAUCGGUAGACCAGCUGCUUUAGGUCAAUGUACAAUGCAGUGAAUGGGGAAAGAACUAAGAACUAGCACACAAGUCUCCUGAAUACACACCUAUGACCUUUAUUGUGUGUGUAUAUGCCUUAGUAUGUGUAUGAGUGUGUGUCUGUUUCAAUCAAUAGCUGUUAAGGAAGGAUGUGUUAACUAAGAGCAACCUGAAAUAACUGUGCGUGUGUGUGUACAUGUGUGGGAGUGAGGAUGCUUUCUCAAAGGUGACAGUGACAAUGUUUGUCAUCUAAAGUAGAUGACACCAAAUGCUAAGAAUCCUAAAUCAUAUGAGGGAUGGACAUGAUACCUAAUAUCAUUGCCAGCCUUCAUGUUAAGUAUUUAUUCACUGUCAUCAAAAGAAACCUUAUACUUGUAUCAUUCCACUGCCAAACUACUUUGAUUAAAGGACUGGGUGGCAGUUAUUAUAUGUUUUGUUUUUAUAUCUUAUAGUCUAGAAAUCCAAUAAAAAGAUCCAAACCAACAAUGUGUCAGUCUCUUACGUUCUGACUUCCAUAACCUGUCUGUGGCACUCAGCCCAUAAGUCUUUUUAAAUAGGAUUCAAUUAUAUAGUUUCAUGUCUUAAAAGGCCAAUUAGUUCCCUAUAACAGCAGGGCACUGUAGUU